GUUUAUCGCUUCCCUCUCGAAGGCAACGGAUGACAGAUCUCUGUGGUUACAGAUAUCAGCCAGCAAAGCAACACAAACAUGGCGUUCACAUUCGCGGCCUUUUGUUACAUGCUUGCGCUAUUGCUUACGGCCGCUCUCAUUUUCUUCGCUAUUUGGCAUAUCAUUGCAUUUGAUGAACUGAAGACUGAUUACAAGAAUCCGAUAGACCAAUGUAACACAUUAAAUCCGCUCGUACUCCCGGAGUAUCUCAUCCAUGUGUUCUUCUGCGUGAUGUUCCUGUGUGCUGCUGAGUGGCUCACCCUUGGCCUCAACAUGCCACUGCUGGCCUACCACAUCUUGAGGUAUACGAGCAGGCCGGUGAUGAGUGGUCCAGGCCUCUAUGAUCCAACUACGAUCAUGAACGCUGAUGUCUUGGCCUACUGUCAAAAGGAGGGCUGGUGCAAACUGGCCUUCUACCUCCUCUCCUUCUUCUACUAUCUCUACGGGAUGAUCUAUGUGUUGGUGAGCUCUUAGAGGGGAAAGAUCUGCAUGUAGGAGACACAACUGGUUUUAGUGGCCGCAGGAGAAGCUGAAGUGGGACCUGCUGCGAAGACCGACCACUCAAUGAUUCAAGAUGGCUGCCGUUUUCAAGAGACUGGAUUGACUCGACACCAAACGCAGUGCAGAGCGCCAUUAAUAAACAAACAAAAAAAUUCUCCCCUUUAAAAAAAAAAAUGAAUAUUGUCGCAGCUGUCCUCUCGUUCAACAGUCAACACUAAAUGCUUUUUGAGAGGAAGAAUGACUGACGACAAUCAUUAUCUAAUAAUCCCAACUUUUGACGGAACAGAUUCGUGCCGAUGUGCAUCGUCAGUGUAUAAUGCACAGACCACUCUGAAUCUAACACUUUGACUAUUAAAAGAUGGAUGCGAAUUAGAUGCCAAGCUUUUAAAAUGUAUUUAAGGUAUGCAAUGGGGGGUGUUUAAUUAUAGUAAAAUGGUUUUCUUGUCCGGGCACAUUGAAAACUUGGAACUCACCUAAAUGAGUAGAGUGGUCUUGAUCACCGGGUGGAAAAUGUGUUGCACAGGCGAGGACAAGCAGUAUGGUUGUCUUAAACUAUUUAUCGUUUUAGGUUUGCCAUGCUUUGUCAUCUCAUUCUACUUUUAUAGCCCUUGUCAGUAGAUGCUAUUUGAUGUGUGAAGCUAUAGCAAUCCCAAGAGAUUUCUGAUCAUGAAAAAAUCCUUACGAGGAAUACCUGUAAUGAGCUCAAAGAAAAACUCCAUAAUGUUCCUUUAACCCCCCCCCCCCCAUCUAAACAACCAACUCCAUAAUAUUCUGUCAGUCCGCCCAUCUAAACAACCAACUCCAUAAUAUUGUCAGUCCCCCCCCCCCAUCUAAACAACCAACUCCAUAAUAUUGUCAGUCCCCCUCCCCCCAUCUAAACAACCAACUCCAUAAUAUUGUCAGUCCCCCUCCCCCCAUCUAAACAACCAACUCCAUAAUAUUGUCAGUCCCCCCAUCUAAACAACCUACUCCAUAA